AUGAAUGUUAUAAAGGAGAAUUGGUUUUCCGAGUCAUGUGAAAUGUGGCCAGGGAGCACCUUCUCAUUUGAGGUUAAGAAGUUGCUACACAAAGAACGGUCUCCGUUCCAAGAAAUACAAGUGUUUGAUACAACCAGCCUCGGAAGAGUGCUUGUACUAGAUGGCAUUAUACAGUGUACACAGAAAGAUGAAUAUUCAUACCAGGAAAUGAUAUCUUUCCUACCGUUGUGCUGUCAUAAAAACCCUGAAAAAGUGCUGAUAGUAGGUGGAGGGGAUGGCGGAGUUGCCAGGGAUGUUGCGAAACAUCCUAAUGUUAAAGAAAUUGUACAAGUCGAAAUAGACGCUAAGGUGAUCGAGGUUUCCAAGAAGUACCUGCCCUUCAUGGCUGUAGGUUUCGACAGCAAAAAGUUGACAUUACACGUUGGGGAUGGAUUUGAAUUCAUGAAGAAUCAUAGUCAUGAAUUCGACGUCAUUAUAACAGAUAGUAGCGACCCCAUUGGACCCGCUGUCAGUUUGUUCCAAGAGAAUUACUUCGCAUUGAUGAAAAGUGCUCUAAAACCCAACGGAAUCGUUUGCUCACAAGCUGGCACAUACUGGGAUAAUAUGGAUUUGGUGAAAAAUACGUUGAACUUCUGCAAAAAUCAAUUCCCCGCUGCCGCAUACGCUACAACAUCGGUGCCUACAUACCCGUCUGGGUCAAUCGGCUUCGUGAUUGGUUCGUUAGACGGAAACGUCAAAUUUGACAAACCAGUUACAGAGUUUACGCGGGAACAAUUAAAUGAUAUGGAUUUGAAAUAUUACAAUUCUGACAUUCAUAAAGCCGCAUUUGCAUUACCGAAUUUCGUUAAAAACGUAAUCGACGCCUGA